AAGAGGCCGCUCGGCGCCCUGCGUAAUUCGGUCACUACGUCGCCGCCGCGCCCUCUCGCCGAGGUUUGAAUGUGAAGCGGAGGAGUUGCUGUCGCCGCCGUCGCUGCUAGUCGUGCUCUCUCAAGGGGUCCCGUCAGGUUCUGCAGUUAUGGAACUGAGUGAUGCCAAUUUGCAGACUUUGACAGAAUACUUAAAGAAGACACUUGAUCCUGAUCCUGCCAUAAGGCGUCCUGCGGAAAAAUUCCUUGAGUCGGUUGAAGGAAACCAGAAUUACCCACUGCUACUUUUAACUCUACUGGAGAAGUCCCAAGAUAAUGUCAUCAAAGUCUGUGCCUCUGUCACAUUCAAGAAUUACAUUAAAAGGAACUGGAGAAUUAUUGAAGAUGAACCAAACAAAAUAUGUGAAGCCGACAGGAUAGCCAUCAAAGCCAACAUAGUACAUCUAAUGCUUAGCAGUCCAGAACAAAUUCAAAAACAGUUAAGUGAUGCUAUCAGCAUAAUUGGUAGAGAAGACUUCCCUCAGAAAUGGCCUGAUCUGCUGACGGAGAUGGUGAAUCGCUUUCAGAGUGGAGACUUCCAUGUUAUUAAUGGAGUUCUUCGUACAGCACAUUCUUUAUUCAAAAGGUAUCGUCAUGAGUUUAAAUCAAAUGAACUGUGGACAGAGAUCAAACUAGUUCUUGAUGCUUUCGCACUUCCCUUGACAAAUCUCUUUAAGGCCACAAUUGAGCUUUGUAGUACUCAUGCAAAUGAUGUCAGUGCUUUGAAAGUACUCUUCUCAUCUCUGAUUCUGAUUGCUAAGCUGUUCUACAGUUUAAAUUUUCAGGAUCUUCCUGAAUUUUUUGAAGAUAACAUGGAAACCUGGAUGAUGAAUUUCCAUAAUCUUCUAACUUUGGAUAACAAACUCUUACAGACAGAUGAUGAAGAGGAAGCUGGUCUGCUAGAGCUUUUGAAAUCCCAGAUUUGUGACAAUGCAGCUUUGUACGCCCAAAAAUAUGAUGAAGAAUUUCAGCCUUACCUGCCCCGUUUUGUCACAGCAAUCUGGAAUUUAUUAGUCACAACAGGGCAAGAAGUUAAAUAUGAUUUGUUGGUAAGUAAUGCAAUCCAGUUUCUAGCUUCGGUUUGUGAGAGGCCCCAUUAUAAGCACCUGUUUGAAGACCAGAAUACACUGACAAGUAUUUGUGAAAAAGUCAUUGUUCCCAACAUGGAAUUUAGAGCUGCUGAUGAAGAAGCCUUUGAAGAUAAUUCUGAAGAAUAUAUCAGAAGAGAUUUGGAAGGAUCUGAUAUUGAUACCAGACGCAGAGCAGCCUGUGAUCUUGUAAGAGGGUUGUGCAAGUUUUUUGAAGGACCUGUUACUGGGAUCUUUUCUGGUUACGUUAACUCUAUGCUGCAAGAGUAUGCAAAGAAUCCAUCUGUCAACUGGAAGCAUAAAGAUGCUGCUAUUUACCUUGUAACGUCUUUGGCAUCGAAAGCUCAGACACAAAAGCAUGGAAUAACACAAGCCAAUGAACUUGUAAACCUGACGGAAUUCUUUGUGAAUCACAUUCUACCAGACCUGAAGUCUCCUAAUGUGAAUGAGUUUCCCGUUCUUAAGGCUGAUGGUAUCAAGUACAUCAUGAUUUUCAGGAACCAAGUACCCAAAGAACAACUAUUGGUGUCUAUUCCUCUCCUAAUCAAUCAUCUUCAAGCAGAAAGCAUUGUAGUUCAUACUUACGCAGCCCAUGCUCUUGAAAGGUUAUUUACAAUGAAAGGAGCUAACAACACUACACUGAUUACGGCUGCAGAGAUGGCACCAUAUACAGAAAUGCUGCUAACAAACCUUUUCAAAGCACUGACACUUCCAGGGUCAUCAGAAAAUGAGUAUAUUAUGAAAGCUAUCAUGAGAAGCUUUUCCCUACUUCAGGAAGCCAUAAUUCCCUACAUCCCUUCUCUCAUCACUCAACUCACACAGAAACUGCUUGCUGUCAGUAAGAAUCCAAGCAAGCCUCACUUUAAUCAUUACAUGUUUGAAUCAAUUUGCUUGUCAAUAAGGAUAACUUGCAAAGCAAACCCCACUGCUAUUGGAAGCUUUGAAGAUGCUUUGUUUAUGGUGUUCACAGAGAUUCUGCAGAAUGACGUACAAGAAUUCAUUCCAUAUGUGUUUCAAGUGAUGUCUCUGCUUCUGGAAAUGCAUAAAACUGACAUCCCAUCGUCGUAUAUGGCCUUAUUUCCACAUCUGCUUCAGCCAGUCUUGUGGGAGAGGUCAGGAAACAUCCCCCCUUUGGUGAGACUCCUUCAGGCCUACUUGGAGAGAGGUGCCAGCACAAUAGCAAAUGCCGCAGCUGACAAAAUUCCUGGACUAUUGGGUGUGUUCCAGAAACUUAUUGCCUCUAAACUUAAUGACCAUCAAGGAUUCUACCUUCUCAACAGUAUUAUAGAACAUAUGCCCCCUGAAUCCAUUGAUCAGUACAGGAAACAAAUUUUCAUCCUGUUAUUCCAAAGACUUCAGAAUUCCAAAACAACAAAAUUUAUCAAAAGUUUCUUAGUCUUUAUCAACUUGUAUUGUGUAAGAUACGGAGCAAUAGCACUUCAAGAAAUAUUUGACAGUAUACAGCCAAAGAUGUUUGGAAUGGUUUUAGAGAAAAUCAUAAUACCAGAAAUACAGAAAGUAUCUGGGCAAGUAGAAAAGAAAAUCUGUGCCGUUGGUAUCACAAAAAUACUCACAGAAUGCCCUCCUAUGAUGGACACAGAAUACACAAAGCUGUGGACACCCCUUCUUCAGGCCCUCAUUGGUCUCUUUGAGUUGCCUGAAGAUGAUACCCUUCCUGACGAAGAACACUUCAUUGAUAUAGAAGACACGCCAGGGUACCAAACGGCAUUCUCCCAGCUUGCCUUUGCUGGGAAAAAAGAACACGAUCCAGUGGGCCAAAUUGUGAACAAUCCUAAAAUCCAUCUUGCACAGUCCCUUCACAAGUUAUCAACUGCGUGUCCAGGCAGGGUUCCCUCGAUGCUGAGUACUAGCCUGAAUGCAGAAGCUUUGAAAUUUCUUCAAGGAUACUUACAGGCUGCAAGUGUAACAUUGCUCUGACCUCUUUAUUUUGAAUGUGAGAAUUUCAAAGUUGCAUCAAGGAACGCUGAUAUUGACUGUUCUAAACAAAGCUCGGACAAGGUGAAACGAGUUGCUACUUCGAAAAACACAUCACUGAAUUACUGCUUGAUACAGAAGCUGAAUGCUACUUUGUUCAUGUGAUCAUAGGUAAAGAAGCAAGUGACUUUCCCAUUCCCAGUUUGCUUUCAAAGGGAAUAGUAAUAGGAGUUUAUCAUUUGGGAUUGAUUGAAGUUCCACAUCUGCAGUGUUUGGGUACCAUUUUAAAAUGUAUAGAGUACUGGAUGCAAACUCAUGUUGUCACUUAUUUUUUCCAGUUUAUUGUCAUUUGUAUUUCUUUUGUGUCUCAAAAAAUUUAUCUGAAUUGUGAAUAAAUAAGCUCUUGUUUAAAGUA